ACUAAUAGUUGAAUUUUCUAAUGAAUAGUUUUAAACUAUUCAUUAGAAAAUUCAAUUGUUCGUGAUAGCAUUGAUGUAUAUUUUAAAUGAAGAUGACCCCAUUUUGCAUCAUUGCUCUACAAAUUCGUUAAUUUUGGUGAGAAUUUUUUCGGUAUAAAUAACCGGCAAAUCUGAUCGAUCAGCAUCAGUCAACCAUUGAUAUCUCUUACAAUCGCAAUUGUAAAACAAUUAAAAUCAAUCAACAUGAAAUUCGCUUUGGCUUUUGUCGCACUCUUCGCUUUGGUCGCUAUCUCAGCUGCUUUCCCUGAACCAGCUGCUGAUCCAGAAGCUCUCGCUGCCCCAAGCUCCAGUGGCUCAUCAUCAUCAUCAUGUGGAUCGUCUUCAUCCCGAAGACGCAGACGAUCAAGCGGAUCAAGUGGAUCAAGCGGCUCAAGCGGAUCAAGCGGCUCAUGUGGUAGCAGCUCAUGUGGUGGUAGUUCAGGCGGCGCAACAGUAAAAACAGCUUACAUUGUCGCUCCAUUGAGCUCAUGUGGUUCAUCAUCAUCAUCAUGUGGAUCGUCUUCAUCGAGAAGAUGCAAACGAUCAAGCGGAUCAAGCGGAUCAAGCGGCUCAUGUGGUUCAUCAUCUUCACGUAGCAAACGCUCAUCGGGCUGCGGAUCAUCGAGCGGUGGUUCUUCGAGCUGCGGAUCAUCGAGUGGUGGUUCAUCGAGCUGCGGAUCAUCGAGCGGUGGUUCGUCUAGCUCCCGUAGAUGCAAAAGAUCGUCAUCAUCCAGCUGCUGCUGUUAAAUGCAAUGACAGAAAUCUCAGGCUUUGGCAAACGAAAAACGGCAAUCACUUUUAUGGAACUAGCGCUAUUUAAAUCGUUGCAUUUUAUUUAUU